AUGGAAGAAGACGCAGAGCCUUGGGGCUACAAAUGGCGUUCAUCUCGAUUGCUGGUCCACACUACUAUCACUAUCGCCUUAUUCACAGAGACUUUCCUGGCUAGUUUCCUUACACCAAUCAUGGGUUAUAUGCUGGAGGUACGACUGCAUCUUGACCCAUCGCAAACUCAGCGAUACACUACAAUCUUACUAUCCAGCUAUGGAUUUGUUGGUCUUGUCUCUGCCCCAGCCAUUGCAUAUUUUGCCGAAAAGAUCACAAGUCAAAAGGUGCCGCUCUUGAUUUCUCUUGCGGGAUGCCUGGUGGGGACUCUGAUGGUCGCAUUGACUUCGUCCUUUUGGGUGCUUUUUCUCGGUCGCGUCUUGCAAAGUCUAUCUGGCUCCGCCACCUGGGUAGUUGGGUUUGCUUUGCUAGCCACCAAUGUGAAGAGAAAAAAACCUCGGAUCAUCAAUGGGAAUGGCAAUUUGUUUGGCUACUGGGCUACGUGGUCACUUCCUAUAGUCUUGUUAACAUUUGAUAUCAUCGGUCGCUUGCUUAUGAUUGAGCCUCAAAAUGUGUCCACCCCCGGUUCGGAUUUGGCCAAGUCCUCUGACGCUACACCCAACAACGACGACUUGGAGGUCUUGGAUGAAUCAACCACACUGCUUUCCAAUGCCUCACCGAAUUUCGAGCAAAAUGGUGGCAGAUGGGCAUACUUCCGAGCCUUUCUCUCUGAUGCGCGGGUUCUGACAGGGUUGGCCAACAUCCUUAUUGUUGCUUCCCUUUUGUCGGGAAUUAAUAACACCCUGCCUGUUCACUUAAGGGAGGCUUUCGGGUGGAAUAGCUUACUUGUAAGCACCAUGUUCUUCUGUAUACAGAUCCCCAAUAUUCUUCUCGGUGGUAUCGCUGGAUGGCUUCGUGAUCGCCUCGGGCUACGGCGUCCCACCACGUUGGGCUGGCUGGUCAUUGUCCCUUUGAUUCUUCUUCUAGGUGCCCCAGGAGACCCACGCUUUCCCUGGGCUAGCGGUGACACAGCAGGCAAGCCUAUCUUUACAGGUUGCGCUAUUGGAUUGGGUAGUGUUCUCCCUCUGGUGCGUGGUGUAGGGGCCGUGCAACUAGCCUAUGUUGUCAAAGACUGGGAAGCUAAGGAUCCCCAUCUGUUCGAACUGAAUAAGAGUAAUUUACGAGUGUUUUCGGUAACCGAAACUAUCUUCAGCCUUGGAGGAAUGCUUGGACCAUUAUUGACAGGCUCGCUCUUUGAGACAGUCGGGUUUUUCUACAUGACCAUGGUGCUGGCUGCCAUUUCUCUCACCCAAGCGGCAGUCUCGUGGCGUUGGCUGUCAGAUCGGGGAAACUAA